AUGUCCGCCAGUUCAAGCGGCAAAGCGAAUCAGGGGGACUCCGAUGGCUCAUGGGAAUAUGCCCCCGAUUAUCCAAGGUCCCCACCACCACCGCUGCCUCUUCCAACCUCCUCUGCAAGCGAGGGGGACUCUGAUGAUCCCGCUGUGGAAAUAAAUGAUAUGAAGAACAAACUGGAACACAACUCUUCCUUGGUCCAUUAUUGGACUAAAAAAUGUGUCGAAGAUGAGCAGAAGUUGGCUUAUUUGACUCGGCAAGUUAACAAAGCCCGUUACCGAAAAGAGAAGUAG